UUUGUUUCCUUCAAUACUUACUAACCAACCCGGGAGCCCCAGCCCCUUCCCGCAGCCCUGUCAGAGCAGAAACUCCUCCCUGUUCUGUUGAGAAAUGCCAGGUCCAGAGCUGCUGGGGCGCCAGAGACACCGCAGAACCGUUUGCCUAGUGUGGAGGCUGAAUCCGGGAACAAUGAGAAAUUAUCUGUUAAUUCUCGGCUCCUGCCACCUGCUCUGCUCCAAACAGGCUCCUUUGCCUUCAGUUUAGAUGCAAAUUCCCCCACUCGUUGUAAAGCAAAAUAUUGAUUUCCCUGCAUCACAGGCCUGGGCCCUUGGAAGGUCCUGUGCUUUUUCAUUCUCUGCAAAGGCAAAACAAGGCCCUUUGUUCUGCGAAUUUCCCCAGGAACUCGGAAGGGGGAGGGAGAAAUCGCCACGGAGUGACAGAGUUGCCAUAAGCAGGGGCAGAGAGCAGUUCUUCUCCAUUUGUAUUUUACAUAAACACAAACCUGCUUCCUCGGAAACUGCUAAUGAGCAUGUAACGAGGGGCCUCCCCGGUGCUGAUCUCUGCAUUGGUGGGGGAGCAGGAGGUGACAGGGCUUCUGGGCUCCUCAGGUGGGUUCUAGAAGCACUGGGAGGCGAAUGGGGAUUCCACGGCCUCACCUGUUCUUGGAACAGCAACUGAGCACCUCCCUAAGGAAGGCGGCCUGGAUUGCAGAGUGUCCGCCGGAAUCAUGUUUGCUCAGUGCCUCUGGCCUGAGUUCCUAGCUCUCUCCUAUGGCAGGUUUCGGAGGUCAGGGUGGAAGCUGUGAACCCGCCACAAUUGCCCAUCCCCCCACCUUCCCUAACCCUGUGCCCACGCUACGGUUGCACCAGUUGGGGCCUUCAGCACCGUGGACAGAGCCAGGGAGAGCUUCCCAAAAGCAAAAACCUUCCGGUUAAGCCUGGGUCCUCCGAGGCCUCGGCUUGGCCCUCUGUACUCAGGGCACUAGCUGCCCGGGGCUCUCCAGUCCAAGGGCCAGCUAGCGCGGCUGGCACAGAUGGCGCAUGUGGAGACCGCCAGGAGCUGGGGCUCCGAAUCUCCUCCCUCUGGAACGUGAGUCACCGCCCGAGCCACUUCCAAUUAGCGUGAUAAUUAGGAGGAAAGACCCUCCUCCCCCACCCGCCACUCGGGUACACACCAGCCCCGCGGCUUUCGGAGGCUCCAGCUAAAGUUUCCUUCCCAGCUCGGGGGAGGCAAAGGGACCUGAGCCUGGAGCUUCGGGUGAGCCGCACACGGGAGGGGGCGCACCGGCCGACAAGCCGAGGAGGCGCGACUUCCGUGACAGGGCCCCCUGCAGGGCCGCGGCGGGGGGCGGCCCAUAGACCUCCAGGGCUGAGUGAGGUGCCUCGGAGCCCCCCAGCCAACCUGUUCCUGGACCUCACGCCACAGUUCCUGGAGGGGAAGUCUGCCUUAAGUCUAGCCUCAACCCUCCCGUUUAGUUUUCAGGCUUUCUGGCCCUGGCUACGCUUAAUAGCAAGAUACAUGAUCUCCGGUGGCGUUGCACCGCUGUGGGGAGAUGGGUCUGGCGGGAACGGAGCGCCCUCUUGAAAUGCCCCCCCCAUUCCUAUUUGCCAGAAACUUUCCCCUCCCGUUGCCAUGGAGAGAGACGGCCGCUGCCUCCCGUUGCCAUAGCAACGUGCGGGUACCGUGGACCGCAGGAUUGCGGGGCCCAGAAAGUCCUUCUGCAGUUCAAAUAGCCCCCCAGUCUUAGGGUCUUCUGCCUCCGAAGCUGGGACUUGGGGCUAGUCUGACUAACUUCUCCCGUUAGAAACCUUGGCCAAGGUUCUCCCGCUCCCAGCCGGGUCAUCCUUCUUUCUGUAAUGGGUUUAUCUAUUUCGUUGCCACUUGUGUGGAAUGUGGCAAUUACACUGUUUUCACGAACACUAUCUUUAUAUUCCCAGGCAGCCUGUGAAGCACUCGUAAUCAUUAUACCCCUUUUACAGAGUGGGGAAUUGAGGCUCAGAGAGGCCCAAGGUCAACACCAGGCAGUGGAUGUGGAGUCAGAUCCCAGGCCCUUUCCUGGGCCUUGCACCCUCUGGGGUGCUGGACAAACGGGCUCCUCUGCCUCGAACCCGCCGGGACUCAGACCUGUCCCUGGGUGUAGAGGGGGCGGCCGUGAGGCGCCAGACUUGCCAGCUGCCGCGGGAUGCCACGUGAGGGGCGGAGACCCUGCGGGGAAGCGAUUAAAAGCUGAACGGAGCCGCAGGGGGCCGCUGCGGGGAGGGUCUUCCUGGGGCCGCUUUGCCCCGCCCCAGUCCGGCGGCGGCACGGGUUCUGGAGGCUGCUUGAAGCGCCGGGGUGUCCCGGGCAUGAGUGGGGUGUGGGGGACCGGGGGGCCUCGGUGCCAGGCGGCGCUCGCGCUCCUGGCCUCGCUGUGCCGGGCCCGGCCGCCCCCUCUCGGGCUGGACGUGGAGACUUGUCGGAGCUUCGAGCUACAGCCCCCAGAGAGGAGUCCAAGCGCGGCCGGCUCAGGCCCCUCUGUCAGCCUCCUCGCAGUGGUAGUGAUUGUGUGUGGCGUGGCCCUGGUGGCAGUUUUUCUCUUUCUCUUUUGGAAGCUGUGCUGGAUGCCCUGGAGGAGCAAGGAGGCCUCCAGUCCCGCUUCUGCUAACCCUCCCCUGGAGGCCCCCCAGAGCCCCGGCUCCAGAGGCACCAUGGCGGACAAGCUGAAGGACACCAACACUCUGGGCUUCCUGGAGGCGGCCGUGAAGAUCAGCCACACGUCCCCAGACAUCCCGGCCGAGGUGCAGAUGUCGGUCAAGGAGCACGUCAUGCGGCACACGCGGCUGCAGCGACAGACCACAGAGCCAGCAUCGUCUACCAGGCACACGUCUUUCAAGCGCCACCUGCCACGGCAGAUGCACGUCUCCAGUGUGGACUACGGCAACGAGCUGCCCCCGGCGGCAGAGCAGCCCACCAGCAUUGGCCGAAUCAAGCCUGAACUCUACAAGCAGAAGUCGGUGGAUGGGGACGAUGCCAAGUCCGAGGCCACCAAGAGCUGUGGGAAAAUCAACUUCAGCCUGCGCUAUGACUACGAGAGCGAGACCUUGAUCGUGCGCAUCCUGAAGGCCUUCGACCUCCCUGCCAAGGACUUCUGUGGCAGCUCUGACCCCUACGUCAAGAUCUACCUCCUGCCUGAUCGCAAGUGCAAGCUGCAGACCCGGGUGCACCGCAAGACCCUGAACCCCACCUUCGAUGAGAACUUCCACUUCCCGGUGCCCUACGAGGAGCUGGCCGACCGCAAGCUACAUCUCAGUGUCUUCGACUUUGACCGCUUCUCUCGCCAUGACAUGAUUGGAGAGGUCAUCCUGGACAACCUCUUUGAGGCCUCCGACCUCUCCCGGGAGACGUCUAUCUGGAAGGACAUCCAGUACGCCACAAGUGAAAGCGUGGAUCUGGGAGAGAUCAUGUUCUCCCUGUGCUACCUGCCCACAGCAGGCCGGCUCACCCUCACAGUGAUUAAAUGUCGGAACCUCAAGGCGAUGGACAUCACGGGCUACUCAGAUCCAUAUGUCAAAGUGUCCCUGCUUUGUGACGGGCGGAGACUGAAGAAGAAGAAAACAACCAUAAAGAAGAACACUCUAAAUCCUGUCUACAAUGAGGCCGUCAUCUUUGAUAUCCCGCCAGAGAACAUGGAUCAAGUCAGUCUGCUCAUCUCAGUUAUGGAUUACGAUCGAGUGGGCCACAAUGAGAUUAUAGGAGUCUGCCGUGUGGGGAUCAACGCUGAAGGCCUGGGCCGGGACCACUGGAACGAGAUGCUGGCGUACCCGCGGAAGCCCAUCGCACACUGGCACUCCUUGGUGGAGGUAAAGAAAUCCUUCAAAGAGGGAAACCCUCGGUUGUGAUUUCAUUCACGUGGACGCUGCAAGCAGAGAGACUGCCAGCUGGAGUUAGGAUGGCAGGGCCGGGCUGCCAGCUUUGACAGCGAGAGCUCGUGCCCGUCUCCGAAACCACCUCCCACACCAUGAGCUGUGCGGCCGGGCGACACCAAUGGGACUCAGCGACAUUCUUUUUGCACUUGUGCAACCGUCCAAACACAGUGUUGUACAGGGGCAGCGGCAGCCGUAGCCCGAGUCUUAACCGCUCCUGUGUAGGUCAAGGCCAAGACCCUUGUCAUGUGGCCAGACCUGUCUUAGUCUUUCUUGUCUCCCAAGGUGAUGUUUUCUGUGGUUUUCACUUUUUAUGGAUCUGCUACCAAGAAGAGAAGGAGGGGAAAGUAGGAGAGAAAGAAGAGUGGAGAGCCCUGAGCUGGUUCAUAUAAAAUACAGUGUAUAAUAGUUGACUUUUCAGAGCAGGUGGUUUGAGUUCCUGCAGUUUUGUGUCUCCGCCAAGCUCCAGGACCCUGGAGAAGAAGGACGUGGGAUGGAGCCAUGGAGCCAUGGAGCCAUGGCUGUGUCUGCAGUGGCCUGCGGAAAGGUGCAGAUCGGGCCAACAGCCUUUACAAGGCUAGUUACGACCCUUGGAAGCUCUUCGCUGCUGUGACACAGACCUCGAUGCAGGCUCCUGGUCCUACGGUGAUCACGAGCGUUCCGAGGGGUCUGCGCACCUUCCGCUGGUCGUGCAGGGUUCCUCACAUCCCCCCUUCCUUGUUGACUUUCCUCAUCGUGUGAAAAUGUCUUGAUUCCUCAUGGGAACUUAGUCCCUUUCUUUAGGAAUGAUUCUGCCAAAACUGAACAUGUUGUAUGUUUUCUGGCACACCACAGUUAAUAUUUGUUUGAACAUGGGAUCUUUGUUCCCCAAAAUAACCUUCAUUGUAAAGAAGAGAAGGCACACGUGUUCCAGAAUGACUUCUGUGUGAUGCGUAGCUUUAUUAAUUCCAUGAAGUAGCAAGCAACUGUUGAAAAUGCCUAAAUAGAUCAAAGAAACACCUAGAUAAAAAUGUUCUUUUGGGAAUGGGGAGUUUUAAUCCAAGUCACAGCUGGAAUCCAUCUUUCUGUGAAGAGAAUCUUCUUGAUUGAAGCAAAGUCUGCUUAAGCCUAUUUCAGCCCCCUUGACUCUGGGACAAUAUUCAUCUUAAACUUUAGUUCUAUAGAUUACUAAGUUCUUAAGUGUUUGUCUCAGUGAUAGUGAAGGUUUUCUGAGGGUUUUUUUCCCCCCUUUAGAUCUCUACCUUAGGCCAAAUUAAGUUUAGGAAAAAAAAAUGUUUCAAUUAUUCUGUAUUGUAAUAGUAUGUUUCUGUUGAGUUCAUAGUGGUCUUCCCACCAACCACCUAUAACUCAGUUGAUUUGCUCAAUCUCAGUCUGUACAGCCCUGGAAAAUUUGUGGAGGUGAGUUUCUACUUUAUCUGUGACUACACAAUGCCAGCUUCCAGAGUUGUGUGUGUGACUUGCAAGAGGCAAGUCUGCGGAAGAACCCCUUCUCCCGCCAAUGGAAGGUCGAGAAGGGAAAAGCUAUUCACAGCCUUGUGUCUUAUUCUUUAUAUAUGUCACAUGCUUUAGGAGCAGAAACUCAAUAAAGUAACCCUCACCUUAAGCCAAGUUUUCAGGUUUCUCUGCUGAUGUAACUUUAGGCAGUGUCUUCUACCCAAAGUUCAGAUUGGGCAUGAGGAUGACCAGGAUAUUGUGGCCAGAGAAGUUUUCAGCUUAGAAAAGUAAAGGCAGAUAAACCAAACUCCACUCUGUACUGAGCCUUGGGCUAGGAGCUAAUGUGUCCUUGGUAUAAAGAUAAGUUUUCUCCCCAAAUGUCUUGUGAUUGAUAGGCCAUUCUAGUCGGGCAGUACUGCUGUUGGAUGUUCUUUUGAGAGCGAGACAAAAACCCCAAGGCAUGACAAGACUCAGAGCAGGCCAUGAACUUCAUUCUGUUUCUUGACUGUAGACUGACCCCAUCAAAACAGCCAUCUCCAUCAUUGAGCAGAUGCCAUGGGUCCUGCAACUAGGAAUGGGACAGUUGAGUUUCUUGUGUCAUGAGCAGCCCAGAAAUAGGUGAGAGAGGGUCUUUCCAGAAGUGAUCUCAAAACGCAUGUCCAGCUGCCAUCUUCAUACCCCUAGACACAUGAGGAUGACCACUUGACUCUUUUGGAGAAGGGAAUGUGAUUGGUUCGUGAAUAGUGGAAUAGUUACUGCUCUCAGACAUUCCUUUUAUGUCCAAGCAGCUAACUCACACAAGUGAACCUCCCAGUGGUUUUGGGAAAUCAUUUCUUGAGCAGAUAAUGGUCAGCCUCACACCCCCUACCCAACUGCUACCGCUCCCACUACAGCAGUCUUGGUAAAUUUCUACGGGCCGGGAAGCACACCCCAGGGAGGCUCUCGGCUCCAGGAGCCUCACCUCCUGUGUCUUCUGGGGGGACUAGUCAGCAACCCGAAGCAUGAAUGAACCUGAAUGUCUGCCAACUUCAUUAUCUAGCCCAAUACCUCUUCCUCGCAGAUGGGAAUAAAACGAAUUACAAGUUUCAGAAUAAAAUGAAAUACAAAGUCAAUUCAUUUGUGAGCUUCUCCGCCACGAGAAACCUCUUUCUUGGGUUGUUGUUUUGAGCUUUGCCGAAGUCAUGAUAACCAGGACCUCUUGCAUAUCAAUGUUUUUUUAAAAAAAUGCGAAGUUCCCUUCUUUACUUAGCAGUUUUUCUGGGCUGAGAGUUGCCCCCGCUUCCUUCGCAUACUCAGGAUAUUAAUUAAUUGCAACAUCAUUUAAAAAAUUAUGUUGUUAAUUACCGCUUCAUGUCUCCCGCCCCUGUCACAGCCUGGAGUUUUUAUUCCAUUAAAUCUCUGUCUCUUGCCCAUUCCUCUAGUCAUUGUACGUUCCUGACGUUCAGCCGUCCGCAUACACACAGGACACCACACAGCUGUUAUCUUUAGGCUUUGCUUCACAUAGAUAACCACGUCCCUGCCAUCAGAGGUACAAUGGAAGGGCCUGUUUGUUUUUUUGUUCUGCCCAAGGCAUACCUGCGUACCCCAUAAAGCUGAAAGCCACCUGUGUUUUUAUCAGGCUUACAGCUCACAGAGCAUUUGGUGCGCGGGGCUGUGCUGUUUCCUCAGCUGUUCAGCUCCACGAGCGACCCCUCCAGAUGCCCAAGCAUCUCUAGGGAAGCGGGUUGCACGCUUAUCACUGGAAAGUGCAACACUUUCGCCCAGCAGGGGAGGAAUCCUGCUAACUCUCCUAAAACAUCACUUGGCCGAGUGAGGAGAAAAUCCUACUGCAGACUCCAACAUUGAAAAAGAACAUUCUGACUUAAUAGAAUAGCCUCUGUGCUCACCCCCAGCUUUUAAUUAAUUUAGGAAGCAGCCCAUAGAGAGGAGAGUGGAAGGUACCCUCCAUUCUUGCACAUCUGCGUCUGAAUUACUGGUGCUCCACAGUGAGCGGCCACCCCCGGGGGGCUGAGCUGCUGAGGGAAGCACUCUGCUUCCCAAACACACAGCCUCCCCUGGCUUCUGCCGGCCGUCGGGUCACCCGAGAGCCAGGGCUCGGUGAUGGGCUGCUCGUGUAUCUAGAGCGGGUCCGGUGGCGGGGUAAAUGUGUCUGGCUGGCGGGGCUGGCUUAGGCAGCCGUAACAACCUUCAGACUUCAGUGCCUGGGAACAACAAAGGCUUACUUCUCGAUCCUACUUGUGCCCGUCACAGGUCAGCAAGGGGGAGUCCUGCUCUUCGAUUUAUUCAGGGGGGCUCAGGAUGACAAAGCAGCCAACGUCUCAAAGGUGGCUAGUUGCCACACCCAAGGGAAAUGAGCGAUCUGAGGCCUCUCCUAUUGGCCUCACCACUCUGGCCCCGAGGAGACCCAUGUCCCUUUCCUUCACAGUUCAUUGCCCACGACUACUCAUUCGGCCUCCCAGAACAGAGGGGUUCAAGCGCCCCGGGGAAGAAGAACUGGAAAUCAUUGGUUAGCGCACUUGGGAUGACCACAGGGAGGUUAACAACCCCGUGGAGGGGGACAGCCGCUGACCGGCUAAUUCAGAGAAACAAAGAGAAGCUACAAUCCAUUCGUUAGUGAAUGAACUCAAGGACUAGAUUGAGCCCCAUGACUGGGCCAGCGUCAGACUUGAAUGUUGCCCACCGAAAGCUUUGGUCUAGGUAAUUGGCAACAUAAGUAACUAUAGUCCAAGGUAGAAAGUGGUGAGCUCAGGGUGGGAGGUGGAACAAAAGGCUCCGUAAGUCCAAGAAAGCAUAUCACAGCAGGACACAAUGACAGCUUCGAGGGGGAGGGGGCAUCCGAUCUAGAGCUUUUAAGGAUGGGUAGGAUUCCGGGUGGGGAAGGUGUGAGGAGGGGGCACAUUCCCGGCUGAGGGCUCCAUACACCAUACCACCAGGCUGCAGACCUGGCCCCUGCCUCGUUCUUGCCAGCUGCCUCCACGAAAUGGGCCUGCUGCCCUUCCUCCCUCCACUGCUGCCUUGGCUUCUGCUCCCAGGCAGGCUGGUCCCCGGGAACCGCAAGAUCGGCCUGACCUUGAGACUCUGUCUAGCUUCAACACCCCAUCCACUCACCCAGCCUCCCCUCCUCAGGCUGUUUUGCAGCCACAGGCCACUUGGGACUUCGUGAUGUGUCCGUGUCCCGCUCCUCUUUGCAGCGAGCCCCAUCCAGAUGUCUGACGCCCUAAGGCGGCGAAUAGGACUGGCCUCCCCCGAUGGCUUUCCUCUGGCUGGUUCACAAUGGCACUCCCAGCACUGCUGUGGCAAGCUCACCAGCAGAGACUGGAGGCGAAGAGGCUGGCAGGCAGAGGUAGCCAUUCACCCAGGAGGGGGCAGAAGGCUGAGCUAGGCAGAGGUCCCACAUGGGGAAACGAGGGCACCGGUACUGGACACGGUGAACACAGGUGGACCACGCAGCAGGGCUGACUGACAGCUGAGCAGAUCUGGAAGGCAGGGAGAAGGAAGGGGGCAUUCAAGAGUGUUGGAUGUUCUCACACUUGAGGCACCAGAAAAAUGAUGGAGGCUUCCAUAGAAACCGGAGACUCAACAGAUCGAGUCUGUUUGGGCUCAAUGAUGAGCCCGGUUCCGGCCAACUGAAUUUGAGAUGCGGGAGGGACAUGCAGCAGACAGCCAUAGUUCGAGAUGCAGCUUGGCAGAGAGGUCGGGAGUGAGAUGUUAAUUUAUAGAAAGCUUAUGCACCAGAAUGAGAUGUGAAGACAGGAGGCUGACACGGCCACGUGGGUACAAGCAGACAAGGAGAGUCUCAAAGAGGGCUUCUUUGGGAACCAUCAAGAUUCAGAGGUCAAGGAAGAAGAAAGUGAUGUGAAUAAUAAUGGAGGUGUGCCCAAGCAAAGCUGAUCGCUGAGGAUGCGGAUGAGCAAAGACAGAUCAAUCAAGGACCUUGUAAAACGAUUCUUCACAAGCUCAUCCGAAGUGCUUGAACGUCACUUGACUCGCAAGUCUGUUUUCACCUACGUUUGCAGGGACCCACCUCUUUCUUCCCCUUGCCUCUGUUCUUGCUUUUUGGGUGUGUGCGUGUGAGGUAAAUAUACUUAUCUUCAAUUUACCAUUUUAACCAUUUUUAAAUGUACAGUUCAGCAGCUUUCAAUGUAUUCACAUUUUUGUGCAACCAUCACCACCACCAUCCACAGAACUUUUCUCAUCUUGCAGAAUUGAGACUCUGUACCCAUUCAACAGUAGGUCCCCAUCCCCUCCUCCCCAUUACCCCCAGCCCCCAGCAACCACCAUUCUAUUUCCUGUGUGCAUGGAUUUCACUACUCCAGGUACCUCAUGUAAGUGGAAUCAUAUCAUAUCUGCCCUUUUGUGUCUGGAUUAUUUCACUUAGCAGAAUAUCCUCAAGGUUGACCCACGUUAUAUAAUAUGUGUCAGAAUUUCCUUCCUUGGGGCGCCUGGGUGGCACAGUGGUUAAGCGUCUGCCUUCGGCUCAGGGCGUGAUCCCGGCAUUCUGGGAUCGAGCCCCACAU